GCCUGCGGGUGAGCUGCGUGUGCCCGGUGCCACCUCCUGCGUGCAGCAAGGGAGCGCAGGGAGAGCCAGCGAAGGGACCGGCACCCACUGUGGACACGGUCACGGGCGCAGAGGGAGUGCAGUGGCGCGGGGUGCCAUCGCUCCUCCAUAGCGAGGAGGAGCCUGCCAGGCAGAAGAGGAGAAAGCAGUGCUUGGAGGCCAGCAAGUUGUAGGGCCAAGCACUGAGCGACUCCAGCUGCUACUACAGCCCCCCAUGCCCCUGCUCCUCCCCCUCCUCUGCAGUGCCUGAAGGCUGCCAUCAGCAUGAAGGACUAUUACCCAGUCUCAAUGCCGCGGUACAGUCGGUACGCACAGAGACUGAAAGCCUCGCGCACUGUGCGCUUCCCCAAUGACAUCGUCUUUCAGGACCACAUCAGGCAGGGGGACCUGGAGCAGGUGGGCAGAUUCAUACGGGCCAGAAAAGUGACACUGGACACCAUCUACCCUUCUGGCAUGGCAGCCCUCCACGAAGCUGUGCUUACUGGAAACCUGGACUGCGUCAAGCUCCUGGUUAAAUACGGCGCUGACAUCCACCAGAAAGAUGAGAAUGGGUGGACGCCCCUGCACAUGGCCUGCAGUGACGGCUAUGCUGACAUAGCCAGGUACCUCAUGUCCCUUGGGGCCAGCCCGGAGGCCACCACUGAUGCCGGGGAGAAACCCUCGGACCUUAUCGACCCCGAGUACAGGGACCUGGUGGAGCUCUUCCAGGCCACCGCCAUGGGCUGAGGCGGGGCUGGGCGAGGAGCAGGCGGCGGGGCGCCGGGGCGGCGGGGCCGCGCCGGGCCCGAGGGUUGGGCCCGGGCUGGGCCCGGGCCGGCGGGCGGGCAGGGGCUCGCCCGGUACCGCGUCUCGGGAACCACUUUGUACUUUUCCAAUAAAGCAUAUUCACACCGA